AUGGCUAAAUCAUCUCUGCUUCUUCCCCUCGUUCUCUCUUUAAUUUGCAUCUAUGCUUUUACUCGGAAGACCUGGUGCGCUGCGAAGCCAUCGACAUCGGAGGGAGUGCUAGUGAAUAACAUAUACUACGCCUGCGAACAUUUGGGAAGCUACUCAAUGAUUCAGGCAGGUGGUGCUUGCUAUCUUCCACCUACAACCGUGAACCAUGCCUCGGUUGUGAUGAACUUGUACUACCAGUCACAGAGCAGGGAACUCUUGGAACUGUGA